AAUAUAUGAUGGGUGGGGUUUGUUCUUUUUUUGUUUCACUAUUGCGUUGCUCGAGCUACUGCUAUCCAGUCACAGACUUUGCAAUCUGCGUUACAGUGAUAAAGUUUUUUUCUUAUUUACAGUAUUUUCUGAUCAAUUGUUUUUCAAAAUGCUUCAACAUUUCUUUGGACUUUUUUAUCUCUUGGCAGUUUCACAGCUUUUGACUUUCACAGGUUCAUAUGCUGAUGAAUGUCCAGUUCAGCUCAACCCACAGAGAGUUAUUGUGGAGUUCGGCGGUUCUGUCUCAGCCGACUGCAGCACUUCUGUCCCGCAUACAGGAUUGGGAUGGGAAGCCAGUGAGGGAGGAGUGCCCAUGAGCAGAGACAGUCUGAUCACAUGGAGAGUGUCAAACCUGACAGAAUGGGACAUAGAGCCAAUCUGCUUCAUAAACUAUAAUAAAGGACAGUGUACAGUACCUCUCCCAGUGACAAUUUACAAGACUCCAGACAGUGUGUCCAUCAGCACUGUGAAUCACACCGGACCAAUGAUGGAGGGAAACCAGUAUGAGCUCCAGUGUGACGUUCUCAAUGUGGCUCCUGUUCAGAAUCUCAUUAUCAACUGGUACAAAGGACAGACUCUGGUGGAUCAAACCAACUUCACUGACACCAUCAAGACUCCAGUCAGUAAAACAUCUAAACUCCUGAUCCGUCCAGACAGAGCUGAUGAUGGAGCUCAGUACUGGUGUGAAGCAAAGCUGGAACUGGGAGAAGAAGGACCUCAACCUCCUCCAACAGCCCCGUCAAAACAUCUCAAUGUUGAAGUUUUCUAUAAACCAAAACACUCCAGUUCAACAGAGACCAUCAGUAUAAAUGAUGAGCUAAACUGUACAGUGAAGGCAAACCCGGCUCCUACGUACUCAUGGCAGUCAGAACAUCUGAAAGAGACGAUCACGUCCUCAGUGCUUCAGUCCUCCACGAUCAGUUCAGGAAACUACAAGUGCAUCGCCUCAAACUCUCAGGGAAACGACACCAAAGUGUUCAUCCUCAAGUCUACAGGUUCAUAUGCUGAUGAAUGUCCAGUUCAGCUCAACCCACAGAGAGUUAUUGUGGAGUUCGGUGGUUUUGUCUCAGCCGACUGCAGCACUUCUGUCCCGCAUAGAGGGAUGGGAUGGGAAGCCAGUGAGGGAGCAGUGCCCAUGAGGAGAGACAGUCUGAUCACAUGGAGAGUGUCAAACCUGACAGAAUGGGACAUAGAGCCAAUCUGCUACAUAAACUAUAAGGGACAGUGUACAGUACCUCUCCCAGUGACAAUUUACAAGACUCCAGACAGUGUGUCCAUCAGCACUGUGAAUCACACCGGACCAAUGAUGGAGGGAAACCAGUAUGAGCUCCAGUGUGACGUUCUCAAUGUGGCUCCUGUUCAGAAUCUCAUUAUCAACUGGUACAAAGGACAGACUCUGGUGGAUCAAACCAUCUUCACUGACACCAUCAAGACUCCAGUCAGUAAAACAUCUAAACUCCUGAUCCGUCCAGACGGAGCUGAUGAUGGAGAUCAGUACUGGUGUGAAGCAAAGCUGGAACUGGGAGAAGAAGGACCUCAACCUCCUCCUGAAGUCACAUCAGAUCCUCUCAACAUUAUUGUAUAUUAUGGACCGAUCAUCAAUGAGAACAAACUGCCCUCCAUAGUGCCUGUGUUUCGAGGAUAUCCAGUGGAGAUUGUUUGUGAAGCCGAGGGAAACCCAACACCAAUAAUCAGCUGGAAUCUCAGCACAACUGAUAUAGUUUAUAGUGAAACUCUUACUAUAACAGAAUCAACACCUGAGGAUCUGCACUGCAUUGCGAGCAACUCAGCUGGCACCACCAUCAGACGUGUAAAAGUGUCCAUACAAGACGGCGAUUGUCCAGUUCAGCUCAACCCACAGAGAGUUAUUGUGGAGUUCGGCGGUUCUGUCUCAGCCGACUGCAGCACUUCUGUCCCGCAUACAGGAUUGGGAUGGGAAGCCAGUGAGGGAGCAGUGCCCAUGGGCAGAGACAGUCUGAUCACAUGGAGAGUUUCAAACCUGACAGAAUGGGACAUAGAGCCAAUCUGCUUCAUAAACUAUAAGAAACAGUGUGAAGUACCUCUCCCAGUGACAAUUUACAAGACUCCAGACAGUGUGUCCAUCAGCACUGUGAAUCACAACGGACCAAUGAUGGAGGGAAACCAGUAUGAGCUCCAGUGUGACGUUCUCAAUGUGGCUCCUGUUCAGAAUCUCAUUAUCAGCUGGUACAAAGGACAGACUCUGGUGAAUCAAACCAACUUCACUGACACCAUCAAGACUCCAGUCAGUAAAACAUCUACACUCCUGAUCCGUCCAGACAGAGCUGAUGAUGGAGCUCAGUACUGGUGUGAAGCAAAGCUGGAACUGGGAGAAGAAGGACUUCAACCUCCUCCAACAGCCCCGUCAAAACAUCUCAACAUUACUGUAUAUUUUAAACCGAUCAUCAAUGGGACCAAACUGCCCUCCAAAGUGCUUGUGUUUCGAGGAUAUCCAGUGGAGAUUGUUUGUGAAGCCGAGGGAAACCCAACACCAUCAAUCAGCUGGAAUCUCGGGACAACUGAUAUAGUUUAUAAUGAAACUCUUACUAUAACAGAAUCAACACCUGAGGAUCUGCACUGCAUUGCAAACAACUCAGCUGGCAUCACCAUCAGACGUGUAAAAGUGGUGUUAAAAGAGACUCCAGACAGUGUGUCCAUCAGCACUGUGAAUCACACCGGACCAAUGAUGGAGGGAAACCAGUAUGAGCUCCAGUGUGACGUUCUCAAUGUGGCUCCUGUUCAGAAUCUCAUUAUCAGCUGGUACAAAGAACAGACUCUGCUGGAUCAAACCAACUUCACUGACACCAUCUUCAAUGACACCAUCAAGACUCCAGUCAGUAAAACAUCUACACUCCUGAUCCGUCCAGACAGAGCUGAUGAUGGAGCUCAGUACAAGUGUGAAGCAAAGCUGGAACUGGGAGAAGAAGGACUUCAACCUCCUCCUGAAGUCACAUCAGAUCCUCUCAACAUUACUGUAUAUUAUGGACCGAUCAUCAAUGGGACCAAACUGCCCUCCAAAGUGCUUGUGUUUCGAAGAUAUCCAGUGGAGAUUGUUUGUGAAGCCGAGGGAAACCCAACACCAAUAAUCAGCUGGAAUCUCGGGACAACUGAUAUAGUCUAUAGUGAAAAUCUUACUAUAACAGAAUCAACACCUGAGGAUCUGCAAUGCAUUGCAAUUAAUUCAGUUGGCAGCACCAUCAGAAGUGUAAAAGUGUCCAUACAAGACGGCGAUUGUCCAGUUCAGCUCAACCCACAGAGAGUUAUUGUGGAGUUCGGCGGUUCUGUCUCAGCCGACUGCAGCACUUCUGUCCCGCAUAAAGGGAUGGGAUGGGAAGCCAGUGAGGGAGCAGUGCCCAUGAGCAAAGACAGUCUGAUCACAUGGAGAGUGUCAGAUCUGACAGACUGGGACAUAGAGCCAAUCUGCUACAUAAACUAUAAGGGACAGUGUACAGUACCUCUCCCAGUGACUAUUUACAAGACUCCAGACAGUGUGUCCAUCAGCACUGUGAAUCACAACGGACCAAUGAUGGAGGGAAACCAGUAUGAGCUCCAGUGUGACGUUCUCAAUGUGGCUCCAGUUCAGAAUCUCAUUAUCAUCUGGUACAAAGGACAGACUCAAGUGGAUCAAACCAACUUCACUGACACCAUCAAGACUCCAGUCAGUAAAACAUCUAAACUCCUGAUCCGUCCAGACAGAGCUGAUGAUGGAGCUCAGUACUGGUGUGAAGCAAAGCUAGAACUGGGAGAAGAAGGACCUCAACCUCCUCCAACAGCCCCGUCAAAACAUCUCAACAUUACUGUAUAUUAUGCCCCAGUGUUGCAUGCCAGCCAGGACAAGUUUGAUGUGGAUGAAGGCAGCCAUAUAACCCUAGAGUGCAAUUCGACUGGUAACCCAGAGCCUGAAAUGACCUGGAGCUUUCAAAACAAGAACGUCUCCACUGGGAGGCGCCACAUCCUCUUUAACAUCGACAGAGCCAGUGCAGGAGUUUAUACAUGCAAUGCCACGAAUCUACUUGGACACCAGGACAAGACCUUCGAAGUGAAGAUAAGAGGCAACUCUCCAAACUACAAUCUAAUUGUUUUAGCGGUAAUUGUAGUCCUAAUUAUAAUCAUCGCAGUUAUCUAUCUGUGGAGAAAGAAAAAAUCAAGGGGAAGUUAUCAUUUACAGCCAGUGAAGUCGUAUGAAAUGCAACUGUUAAACAAUGGAGGCAAAUGCUAAUAUUGAACAAAGAUGAUAUUGCCUAUUGACCAUCAUUCAUUACAUACGUUCAAAAAUAACGGGUGGGCUAUCUAUCCCCCAGUUUCACAGACAAGAUUGCAGGUUUUAACUGAAAGCUACUUGCACUGGCCUUACUUUAAUACAUGUCAGAGCUAUUGUUUUAUCUCAAGAUCAACACCAGAGCUGUUUUUUUCCGAAUGCACUACUAUUCUACUUAAAUGCCCUAAUUGAACUAAGGCUUAAUCCUGGCUUAAUAUCUAAACCCUGUCUGUGAAACCGGGCCAUCAAUGUGUAAAAGCUCAUAGCAGCAUGCGCUGUCAAGUGUGUGACUAUGUGUCAGUGUCAAAGAAGAAUGUCUUGGAUGAUAAAAAAAAGAAACGUUUAAAAC